UUCAUACUUCUUCAGUAACGUAUUCUAGUUCAUUUAGAACGAAAAACGCGUGCUCUAUGUACACUUUAUUCGCGUUUAUUUUUAUUUGUUCUUUGAGUUAUAUGUGCAAUUAGUAUCACAACAAUAGAAAUUUGGAAGUUAGUAAAAUGUCAGAAUAUGAAAAAGUACGGACAGGAAAAUUAAAAUUGAAAGGGGAAAAAUCAAGAUCAAAAAAGCGGAAGUCUAAGACACAAGAAAAAGAACGGGAAGUAACAAUAGAGAAUCAAGACACUAUCAUUCAUGGAGGAUGGUGGAAGGUUAAGAAUAUAUCUGAGGUCACAGGAACAGUAGCUAUAGAAAUUGGAAAUCAAACUUAUAUGAAAGCACUUGAUAAUGGAUUGUUCACUCUUGGUGCACCGCAUGAUGAAGGAGAAGGCCCAUCACCAGAAGAAAUCUUAACAGCAUUUCCCAUAAGCGAGACUAAGAUUGCUUUGAAAUCAGGUUAUGGCAAAUAUCUUGGUGUCGAUAAAAAAGGCACUGUUAUUGGACGAAAUGAUGCAGUAGGUUCGAUUGAGCAGUGGGAACCAAUUUUCCAAGAUGACAAACUCGCUAUAUUAAAUAAUACAGGAUGUUUCAUAUCAGUUACAAAUGAUGAUGAUAUAAUUUGUCAGAAUAGAACAGCUGGGCCCUCAGAAUUUGUUGUUAUAAGAAGUAUCAUACAACGUUCUCAAAGUCCUAGUAAAGAUAUUCCAAAGGAAGAACAAGGCUCACUUGCAGAUAUUGAAAUAAAUUAUGUACGAAAGUUUCAAAAGUUUCAAGAUAAGAAAUUAAGAAUAAAUAAGUCUGAUCAUUCUGAAUUAGAAAAAGCAAAAGUAGAAGGAAAUUUACAUGAAACUUUGUUAGAUAGAAGAAGUAAGAUGAAAGCUGACCGUUAUUGUAAAUAAAUUGUUUUAACGAUAUAAUUUAUCUUA